AAGACUUUUGUAUUUUGUUUUUGAAGUAGUCCGAAAGAAAAAACUCGGAGAUGCUUUAUGUUUUGUUUCUAAAGUAGUUUGGAACAAUCUCGGGGACCCCUUGUGUCUGGUUUCCGAAGUAGUUUGAAAGAAUUUCGGAAAGCCCUUGUGCCUGGUUUUUAAGGUAGUUUGAAGAAUCUCGGGGAUCAAUUGUCUUGUUUUGGAAGUAAUUUGAAAGAAUCUGGAGGACUACUUGCGUUUCGUUUUUGAAGCAGUUUGAAAGAAUCUCGAUCAUCUUUUGCGCCUGGUUUUCGAAGUAGAAGACGACUCUUGUUUUGUUUUUAAAGUAGUUUGGAAGAUUCUCUGGGAUCCCUUGUUUUGUUUUUGAAGUAAUCUGAAAUAAUCUUGUACCUGUUUUUGAUGUAAGUUUGAAGGAAUCUCGAGGACUCCUUUUGUUUUGUUGUUGAAGUAGUUCGAAAGAAUCUUGAGGAUCCCUUCUCUUGUUUUUGAAAUAAUCUGAAAGAAUAAUCUCGACGUAUUUUGUUUUUGAAGUAGUUGGAAAGAAGAAACUCGGAAAUCUUUUGUGUUUGGUUUUUAAAGUAGUUUGGAAGGAUGUCGGGGACACCUUGUGUAUAGUUUCCGAAGUAGAAAGAAUCUCGGAAAGGCCUUGUGUCUGGUUUUUGAAGUAGUUUAAAUGAUCUCGGGAACCCUUGUUGUUUUGUUUUUGAAAUAGUUUGCAAGAAUCUCGAGGAUUACUUGCGUUUCGUUUUUGAAGUACUUAGUUCGAAAGAAUCUUAAUGAUUCCUUGUGUGGUUUUUGAAGUAGUUUUAAAGAAUCUCGGAGUCCCGUUAUCAGGGGCGUAUGGGACCCGUUGAACCAUAGCGGGAAACAUUGGGAGCGGGGCCUGAAAGGCCGAAAUUUUACUUCAUUAAUAAGUAUAUAAAAUUAAUAACUCCUGAAAAAUUUUCGAUUUCCAGAUGAUCCCCCCUCAGUGUAAUGUACAUAGUUUUUUCUAUUUUCUGUUGGCCGUGGUACAUAAUAUUUGUGAUAUAUAAGAUAAGGAUAUAUUUAAAUGGCUAAUUUCAUAUUUUGUAGACGUUUCAUAUCCUUAAAAAUAUAAAAAUCUGUUGCAUGUGCACUCUCCUAGUUUGUCUAUCUCUUACUCUAAAGUUGUGGCCCAAUGUUAGGAUUACUCUGUACGAAUUUACCGAUUUACUCGAAGUGUCUCCGUUUAUCGAUAAGAAAAAUGUGACGACGAUAUUUUUCUAAAUGACAUGUGCAAAAUAAUAUGCUUUCAUGCUUGUGGUUGUAUUAACUCAUAUUUACUUUUGCCUUUACACGUUGACUCUAUACAGCAAACUUUUUCAGUUCAUUUCAAAACCAUAAAAUACAUUGUUAUGAAAUUUGUUACAUGUUCUAAAUCGUUAAUAUGGCAAACCGUUAAUCAAAGUGGACCUGUAGUGCGGGUUCUGGCUCACUUUUUGGUAAACAAAUUUGAAUUCAUGCGCAUACAUGAUGGAAUAAUUUCAGACACCGUAGGCUACUUCGAGGGAACACGAGUCUGCGCAAAACAGGAGUCAGAAGACGCGCAUGCGCAUAAAUUCAUAUUUUCGCGCCAAAAACUUGUUUACCCUUUCCAAAACAUUGAUGACGUUGCAAAGGAUUGCUAAGUAAAUUUCUCAGCAGAUACAUUCGUCUUAUUUGAAUUUACCUUGCAGAGAUUACGUUACAAAAUAAGACUUCCAGAAUGUCAAUAAUAUUUCUACGUAAAUAAAUAAUAAUCUUUAGUUUACAGACAAGGUAUUGUGAUUUAAAUUUUCAUUAUGUUGACUGGAGUACCCGAACGAUUACCGAUACUUAAUGUAUAUUUAAUUAUUAUUAAAAGUUGUUUACUUUUGAAAGUCUCUUCGCUGCAACUAGUAACCUAUCAUAUUUAAUUAUAAUUAGUGCCUUGAGUUCGACUAGUUUGGGUAGACGUUUCAACCAUGAGGUGCUUCUGGAUUUUAUUGGUUACCCAAUUUUCAAUUUCGGCUCAAGAAAUUGAAAAUAUAUUUGUGCACAGUAACAGCUUAUUUAGUGCAAGCGUAUACAAGGAAAUGCUAAGGUUCACGGAAGAGAACUUUCUCGUAAGUCCUUUUUCUGCUCAAGUUAUCUUAGCUUUAGCCCAAUUAGGCGCUAAAAAUGAAACCGCCGAAGAACUCAGAAUUUCCUUGCAACUUCCCGAACACAACAAAAUUGAAGAAGGGUUUAAAAACCUGCUUUCUAAUUUUGCAGCUCACGAACAAUUUUAUUCUUUAUCUACCGCGAACAAGGUAUACAUUCAGAAGGACUUUCCUAUCAAAGACGAAUUCAGAGCAAUUGCAACCAACUACUUCAACUCCGCUACGGAAAACAUCGAUUUCGCUAAGAAAACUGAAGCGUCUAAAAUUAUAAAUGAAUGGGUCGAACGACAAACUGAAAAUAAAAUACGCGAUUUAAUCACUCCAGAAAUGCUGAGUGCGAAUACUGCUUUAAUUCUCGUCAACGCUAUAUAUUUUCAAGCAAAAUGGUUGACUCAGUUUUUUGCCACUGCCACUAGCAAAAAUAAUUUUUUUCUCAAAGCAGGAAAAACGGUCGAAGUGGACAUAAUGAACGAAGAUGCAACUCUGUACAAAUAUUUUGACAAUAUUGAACUGGAUGCCAAGUUCUUGGAGAUACCUUUUCGGGAUAAGGAAGUAUCGAUGACUUUUGUCUUGCCGAAUGAAGUAGAAGGUUUGGAGAAACUAGAGAAUCAGAUAAACAAAGUUUUUGAACCACAGAAUUUUGAGUACUAUUUUGUUAACGUCUCAAUUCCUAAGUUCAAAAUUGAAAGUACGGUGGAUUUUAAAACAAUAUUGCAAAAUUUGGGUGUAAAGAAAGCUUUCACAGAUGGAGCGGCAGAUUUUAGUGGAAUUAGUGAUCGAGCGCUGGUGAUUAGCGACGUUCUUCAAAAAACGUUCAUAGAUGUUAGCGAGCAGGGGGUGGAGGCUGCGGCUUCAACUGAGAUUCGUAUAAUUAUAAAUAUUUUUGGUUUUACGAUUAAUUAUAAAUCAAAAUUACUUUCAGGUUUUCUGACAUAUAGCGGAAGGGCUGAACCUACUAAAAGUUUCCACGCAGAUCAUCCGUUUAUUUAUUUUAUAAAAGUUAGAGGUGUGAUACUUUUUGCUGGACGAGUGACAAUGCCUACGUAUUAAUAAAUUUAUUCAAAUAAGUUUUUUUAUGAAAUAUAUAUAUUAGCUACGA